AUGUCUGCAGAUCAGGGCGCUAUGCAGCAGUUUCAGGAUAUGCGUGGUCGUUUCAGCAGGCCUGACUACACCGCCGUGCAGCAGGAGUUUUGGGAGCAGCAACGGCGCAACAAGAGGUCGGCCCCGACACCUUUGCAGUCGGGCCUGACCACACCGCAAGGAGGAGGCCAAUCCUCCCAAACGGCGCCACCGCAAGGGGCAUCGGAGGAUGGUCCUUCCCUGUUGCAGCCUUUUUCUUUUGAGGACAGCACUGCAGUGGGACUUACAGCGGCUACUCAUGGCGUGGAUAUCAACGACCAAACCGCCAUCAAGAACUGUUUGGCCAAGCCAGUGCAAAACAACCAGCAGGUGUUUGAGAUGGUGAGGUCGUACCAUCGUGCAGUUAUCCCUCCUGAGAUGUACAAUUUGGUCCUGCAACUGGAGGCGGCUUUGAAGCCAGUGGAUAAGUCGGUGUUCAAAGCCAGACAGGAGCUGCAGUGGCUUUCGGCGGACAACCGCCUUGCGCAAAAGCAUCAGGCUGGACUGCAGGUUUUGACUUCUGGGUGGCCGAACUUCAUGAAGCCGGACCAGCGUAUUUUCAUGGUGGGCUGGAUGUUGGCACAAUGCCCGCGUAUUGUCGACUUCCUGAAGUUCCGCGGCUUCAUCACCGACCAAACCGCCCAUGAAAUGCCGAGGUAUAUCAAUGCACUAACACAAGACCCCACGACCAUGCCGCAGCAGAACGACCUCCUCUCAACGAUGACCCUCCUGUCGUUCAAAAGCUGGGAUACUCGGCAGGCCUUCAUGGAAAAGUUUGGUGGCAGUGCUGGGACACCACUGUACUCAGACGAGAGCACCCCUUUGGAGUUGCCGCUUCGCAUCAUCUUGUCCAUGAUCGACAACCACCCUGACUACACCGCCGGUGGGAACAAGAUGACGAUUUUGUGCAAAACUCUGACUGUGAUGGCACCGAAAGACGACGACGAGUUCGAUCCAGAUGCCAAGGUCUGGGCCCGUUUGUUCUGUUUCCAGGACCGGGGCGAUUUCGUGGGUCGCCUGGAAGUGGUGCCCGAGCUGGCACGCCUCAUGGUUUGGGGAGCACAAUAUGAGCUGGACCAGGCCGACCAAACCGCAGCCCGUACAGCUUUGCAAGAGUCCGCAAUGUCUGGGAAGGGAGUUGCAAAGGGCAAGGGCAAGAAGCACUGGAGCAACACGGUGAUCUGGAACAGCUAUUAUUGCCCGUACCCUUUCAAUUUGACUCUGACCAAAGUCGAUGAGGUGGCCUUUGUCUGGGAUGAAUAUUGUGACAAGAAGGGAAAGACAGCAGAGAAGGUUGGGGACUAUGCCAUCAGCACCUACCGUGGGAAGCCGGCAGCCCCAGAACACACCGCAGACCCAGGGCCAGACCCGUUCCUCCACUCGGACGAUGUUGAAAUGCAGGAGGACCGUGGCACAGCAUGGGGCCGAGGCAGUGGCCACAAAGGCGGUCGUUCUGGAAAGCCAGCAGCAAAGUCGAACUGA